CCAGCAAGGUCAUAUGUUGUUCUUUUAAUGCUGCUGAACUUGCUUUGCCAAUGUUUUGGCUUGUUUGUUUUUGGUGUCUGCUUUCAAAUGCUAAACCUAUAAUUUCCUGCCUGCUCUGCCCUUGUCUUGUUGACACUGGAUCUUGCUAGCUUGUGGGUUCCCCUCCUCCCCCACAGUCACUGUAAGCUUGGGAUAAUGCUUCCCUUGAAGUUUUAGUAAAAACUGUUCUUUUUUCUUUUUUUUUAAAGAUCUUAUUUAUUCAUUUGACAGACAGACAUCACAAGGAGGCAGAGAGGCAGGCAGAGAGAGAGGAGGAAGCAGACUUCCCGACAGAGAGCCCCAUGUGGGGCUCCAUCCCAGGACCCUGGGAUCAUAAUCUGAGCCGAAGGCAAAGGCUUUAACCCACUGAGCCACCCAGGCGCCCCUGUAAAAGCUGUUCUUAUACUUAAGGGGCUUCUUACCCAUUUUCGAGGUAGAAGGUUAGCUUUCUUUUCUGUCUCUUUUAGGACUUUUCUCCCCCCCCCCCCCCCCCCCCCCCGCUUCUUGAGUUGGUUUUGUUAAUUUAUAUGGUCUCACAGAAUCAUCCAUUUUAUACAGAUUUUUCAAAUUCAUACAACAUUUAUGCAUUAGUAUUUUACGAUUUUCAGAAUCCUUUUUAUAUCUCUAUGUUUCCUUUACCCUGUAGUCUCUACAUUUAUCUAUUAAUUUCUUCUUCCUACCUCCCUUGGGUUUAUUUUGUUGUCUUUUGAAUACCAGAAUUAAGUUUCUCUUUUUGUUCCCAGCUGUUUCAUUUCACCUACUUUUUACUAAAUGUAAACUUUUUGUUGAAGUAUAACACAGAAAAGUGCACAGGUGACAAGCUUUAUACAUUCAUAUAAAGAGAACAUGUGCGUGAAACCAGCACCCAGAUCGAGAGGGGGAACAAUGGGGCCCCUGGGUAGCUCUGUGGGUUAAGCUUCUGAUUCUUGAGUGCCGCACAGGUCCUGAUCUCAGAGUGGUGAGAUCGAGCCCUGAGUCCAGCUCUGUGGAGCCUGUGUAAGAUUCUCUACCUCUCCCUCUGCCCUCCACUGCUGGGCUCUCUCUUGCUUAAAAAAACAAAAAGAAAACACUGCCAGAUCCCCCGAGGCCUCCUUUCCAACCACAACGCCGCAUCUAGGGCAGUCUUGACUUCUAACUCCUCCGUUAGUUUCCGCGGCUUUUAACCUUCCUACAGAUCCUACAGUCUGUCUGUUGUGCCUGUAGCAGGCCUCUCCCGUCACGGUGUGGGGCGGUGAGAAAGGGGGACAGAGCACCCCAGUAGAACCGAGCUCGCUUUGAGAGGAGAUGGGCCGGUGAUGAAGAUCAAGCAGGAGAAGCCGGAGUGGUUGCUGCAGACGCUGGGGCCGCAGGCCGUGCUUUCCGAGAAGGAUAAAGAAAACAUCUUCCGGCAGCAGCAUCGGGGCCUCCCGCCAUGCCAGACCAUGGGGAAGCCUCGGGCCUUGGGGGGACAGGAGGAGACUGGGUGGGCCCCUCCCGCUGAGCAGGCCGGGGGGCUGGCAGGCCGGGCUCUUUCUGCCGGCGAGGGGCACUUCGUGUGCCUGGACUGCGGGAAGAGGUUCAGCUGGUGGUCGUCGCUGAAGAUCCACCAGCGCACCCACACCGGGGAGAAGCCGUACCCGUGCGGCAAGUGCGGCAAGAGCUUCAGCCAGAAGCCCAACCUGGCACGCCACCAGCGGCACCACACGGGCGAGCGGCCCUUCUGCUGCCCCGAGUGUGCCAGGCGCUUUAGCCAGAAGCAGCACCUGCUCAAGCACCAGAAGACCCACUCGCGGCCCGCCACCCACUCGUGCCCCGAGUGCGCGCGCUGCUUCCGCCACCAGGUGGGCCUCCGCAUCCACCAGCGCGCGCACGCCCGGGACCGCCAGGGCGCCCGCACGGGGCUGCAGGAGUUGCUUCGGGACGCCGCCGCCCGCCGGGGCUGUCGCCUGCGACCCGGGCCGCCGCGGGGCCGCCCCGAGUGGGCCUGGCUGGGGCUCUGCCAGGGCUGGUGGCGCCAGGCGGGGGCCCGGGCCGCGAUCGCCGCCGCCGCGGGGCCGGGCGAGCAGCGCCAGUUCAUCUGCAACGAGUGCGGGAAGAGCUUCACGUGGUGGUCGUCCCUGAACAUCCACCAGCGCAUCCACACGGGCGAGCGGCCCUACCCGUGCCCGGAGUGCGGCCGUCGCUUCAGCCAGAAGCCCAACCUGACGCGCCACCUGCGCAACCACACGGGCGAGCGGCCGCACCCCUGCUCGCACUGCGGCCGCAGCUUCCGCCAGAAGCAGCACCUGCUCAAGCACCAGCGCACGCACCUGCCCGGCGCCCAGGCGGCGCGCUGCCCCAGCUGCGGCCAGACCUGCCCGAGCCGCGCCGCGCUGCGGGCCCACCAGCGCGCACACGCCGCCCCCGCCGCCGAGCCGCCGCUCCCCGGGCCCGCCUUGCGGGACGCGGCGCCGCGCUCCAAGCCGCCGGCCGAAGCGCCCUCGGGCCUGUCGGCGCCGCCGCAGCCAUCGCGCGACUCCCAGCCUGCCCGGGGUCCGGGGGGCGUGCCGUGGGGCCGGGCGCGGGCCGGCGUGAGCGCGCCUGGAGAGCCUCGCCAGUUCAUCUGCAACGAGUGCGGCAAGAGCUUCUCGUGGUGGUCGGCGCUCACCAUCCACCAGCGCAUCCACACGGGCGAGCGGCCCUACCCGUGCCCGGAGUGCGGCCGUCGCUUCAGCCAGAAGCCCAACCUGACGCGCCACCGGCGCAACCACACGGGCGAGCGGCCCUACCUGUGUCCCGCGUGUGGCCGUGGCUUCAGCCAGAAGCAGCACCUGCUCAAGCACCAGCGCGUGCACCGGGGCCCCCUGGCGCCCACCCCCGGCGCCAAGGAUCAGGCGCAUUAGUGUGCAGGACGCAGCGGAUGCGCGGUGGGGGUGGGAGGGCAUGUUUGAGGAGCUGCGGGGGUCACGAAUGGCCGUUUUUACAACCCUCGGGGUUAGAACCCGGUGAAAGGGUGAUUUCCUCAAGGCGCUGAAGGCUAGAGGACAGAAUUCCAGAAGCAUCCCCAAGGGCACAGUCCCAGGCGAGGCUGAUGGAGGUAGGAUGAUACAGAUCUCACUCUGGAGCCUGGAUGUGGCCCUCGGUCCCUCAGACGUGGAACCCAGUCCUCAGACCCCUGUGAGGGUGAGGGGGCUGUGAGGACUCUGGGAGAGGCUCCCCAGACUGUCUCAUGCAGGCUGUCCACCGCCAGAGGCCAGGCUCCAGGGGGAGUUUUAACAGACUGAUAGCAAGGAUGGAAGCCAGUGGUGGUGGCUGAGGCGGGCCAAGCAUAGUCCCAGUGCCAAGGACAAUGCCCGGCACUUAAUGGCCAUUCACUGUGUAUUUUUGGAGAGAGCGAAUGGUUCCCUGGUGGUCCUUCGCCAUGAGUGCCCCAAAGCCCAGGGUGCUGUCAUAGUGGGCGGGCCCUUGGGCCUGUAUGGGUGUGGCGGUUCUGCGGAGUUGUAAGAGGGGCCGCGGCAGCUGAGGCUUGGUAACUUGGGGAGGGCCGUGCAGCAGGAAAAAGCCACGUGUGCUGCUCCGACUUAGCAGCCCAGGGGCGCUCCCCACGGCUGUCGCUGACUUGGGUCUUUAUCAAUGCCAUUGUUGCAGAAGAGAAAAAUGAAGGAUUGACUGUC